AUGUCCAAAGUAUUGCUUGCUAUUCCUUCAUACCACGGUGCUUUCUACGCCGAUGGCGCCAAAACCGGGCUCUUCUACAUUGAGGCCCUUCAUCCAUUCAACGCCUUCAGAAAGGCUGGGUAUCAAGUCGACAUUGUCUCUGAAGAUGGUCACUACGGGAUUGAUGAACACUCCACUAUCGACGCCUUCUUAGUCGGUGACGAUGGCAAAGUGUACCGUGAUGCCAAUUCUGAAUUUAACGUGGCCCUCAAGAACACCAAGUCCGCUGCUGACGUUGAUCCAAAAGACUAUAAAAUUGCCUUUGCCGCUGCGGGCCAUGGGGCCAUGUGGUAUCCUAAAGAAGCUACCUUGAGAAAAUUGUUUGUUGACAUUUACGCUAAUAAUGGGGUGGCAGCAGCUGUGUGCCAUGGUCCAGCAAUCUUCGCCGGUUUGGAAGACCCAAUUACCAAGAAGCCAUUCUUCAGCGGUAAGAAGGCCACCGGGUUCACGGAUAUUGGUGAAGUUCAAGCCGGAGCUGACGACGCCAUGAAGAAAUACAAUUUGGACACCAUUAAGACCUUGGUGGAACGUGAUAAUGGGACUUAUGUCGAACCAGCUGGUCCAUGGGAUGAUUUCACAGUUGCCGAUGGGAGAUUCAUCACCGGUGUCAACCCACAAUCUGCCACCUCUACUGCUGAAAAGGCUAUUGCUGCGGCCAGUGCUUAA